AUGACAUUGGACCAACUACUGAAGCUGUUGGAGGAGGUGUUCGAUGCCGCGAUGGCCCUGCUGGGGCCGCUGGUUGGCUUCAGCCCGGAGCAGAUCGCUAAGGCCGACGCCGACCUCCACGCGCUGGUGACCACCAUCGAGCGCCUGGAGCGCCGGGACAUCGAGGCGCAGACAGGCGCCGAACGUAUCGUCCGCGAUCUGAUGGAACUUCUCAACGACCUCGGCGUCGACCCGCACUUCCCGGCGGACGACACGCCGACGGCGCUGGACGCCGCGCUGGAGGCGUUGCUCGGCGUGCUGGACGGCGCCCUGGACUUUUACGGGCCGCGUUACAACCUGGACCCGUACACGCUGAAGGUCAUUAAGGCUGACCUGGCCGGUCUGAUGUCAGACAUCCGCACCAUCGAGCACGGCCACACCCCGCUCACCGACGGCCUGGUCCGCAUCGUCGACGACGUCUUCAAUAUGCUGAGGGACUUCGGCGUGCCGGUGCUGGACACAGAAUCAUCUGUUCACCUUGCUGAGAAGUCAGCCCUGUUGAGAAGACAACUGCAGACACUAAUGGGUGUCAUCAGUGCCGCCCGGAACCCGCCCAGAGCUCUGGCGGCAUCGUCGGUGGCCGACAUUAGAAAGCUGGAGUCGGACCUGGUCGCGCUUGGGGAAAACCGUGACGGGGUCACACUUUUUGAGGUGGUUCACGAUAUGACGCAGGUGGUCAGGCGGUUUGUGCGCGUACUGGCAUAAGCAGAGAUUUGAUUUCAGUGUACGGCUGACAGGAAGGCUUUCAAUAAAUGACGCACA